AACGUUGUUCUUACGAUUGGCGAACCUAGCUAUAAUAAUAACAACAGAGUAUCAAAGUUGAUCGGAGUGUGUCACGUUCUUCUCCUUCGUGCAGCAAUGUAAUAUUAUAGUGCGUGUUUGUAACGAUUGUGCUAUUAACAAAUAUGAGCGGCGAUUGAAAAGUUGAUUGUUGUUCAAGAAAUUCGAAUCCAUCAUACGUACUGGAAACAGUGCAAAUAUACAUUUAGAGGUUAGGAAUAGUAUUUUGUUAUAUAUAAGAUAAAAAGAAUGGCUGAAAAAGAGAAAGCCGCUCCCUCAUCCAUGACCCAGUGCUAUGAAAAUUAUAUUAUAGUCGAUGUUGGUGCCAAUCUUACAAAUAAAAAGUACAGUCGGGACUUAGACAGUGUGAUACAAAGGGCGAAGGAUGCUGGCGUGCAGAAAAUCAUGGUGACAGGUGCGAGUAUUCGUUCCAGCAAAGAAGCACUGAGGCUAACUAGAAUAUAUCCUGGGACUCUGUAUUCGACCGCGGGCGUGCAUCCACACGACGCCAAGUCGUGGGAGGAUCCUGACACCCCGCAAGAGCUGGAAAGCAUAGCCGGCAAUCCGGAAUGCGUGGCGAUCGGCGAGUGCGGCUUGGACUAUAGCCGCGACUUUUCAGCGCCGGAAACGCAACGCGCAGUCUUUCACAAACAAAUAGAAUUGGCCUGUACGUUGAACAAGCCGUUAAUUAUACACGAGAGAGGAGCGCAGAAAGAUGUACUGGAGGUCCUUGGUCGAUACAAGAAUCGCUUACCGCCCGUUCUCAUUCACUCCUUCAUCGGCACCGCGGAAGAGGCCCAAGUUUACCUGGACCAAGGAUUUUACCUGGGUAUCACGGGCUACCUGUGCAAAGACAAAUCCGACAGCGGGAUAAGACAACUGUUAGAGGGAGGACAAGCACCAUUAGACCGAAUUUUGGUCGAAACCGACGCGCCGUUCAUGUAUCCUAAUACUAGAGCCAGUAAAUUACCAGUACAUGUGAAGGAUGCUCUGACCACGCGAUCUAUGACGUUUCUCCACCGUUACUGUACCUUUCAACGUAACGAACCGUGUGCCUUGCCAGCGAUUGUGGAAAUGGUGGCGGCGUUUAUGCGAACUACUCCGGAAGAAGUUGCGCUGGCUACAGCUUUUAACGCUCUGAAACUAUUCGGUUUAAAUCAAUGAUAUUAAUGUCGGAUCUCGAAGUUUCUGAUAAAAUGGUGCUAGUAGGUGCUACAUGGAAGUUACAUUCUUAAUGCAUAUUAAUGCUUCAUUUUUGAGCCCCCGAUAUUUCUAUUUCUUUACGACGUUCUCUUUUUUUUAUGAAGUGGUAGCGAAACCGGCUGCUUGUAGACCACUUAACGAAGUUUACUGAUAAGUUUGUAUGAAUCUGUAUUAAUUGAAAGAUCACAAAAAUUUGUAUUUUUUUUUGUGAUAUCUAUAUACAUUUAAUCCAUUAUCUAUAUACAUAUGUCACAUGUAUAUACAAAAUAUUUUUAUUAUAAUGAUAUUUCUGGACUUAUAUUUCUGGAUUUCCGCGUUUUUCUUCAUUUCUUCAUAAAAUAUUGUUUAGAUAGUAUAUAUAACAGAUACGUAGAGUCCAGUAUUAUACAUUUCAUUGUUGAUGUAUUAUAAAUAUUUUCAUACAAAUAAAUUGUUAUAUAGA